AUGAUCACGUCACAUGAUCGCCCGCUCCGCUUAGGAGUCGCCCCUCCAGUCUCUCAGCAAAUUAUUGGUGUCCAGACGAUUUAUUGGUGUUUUGACGAAUUAUUAGCCCUCCCCCCCGCGCUCCCCUCCGCGUUCUCCGCCAGGCGAGCUCGCGCGCUCGAGGGGAUUCUCUCGGCGUUCUCCGCCAGGCGAGCUCGCGCGCUCGAGGGGAUUCUCUCGGCGUUCUCUGCCAUGCGUGGCGAGCUCCUUCCGCCGAGGCACCCGCUCAGCAUGCCCACUGCAGCCGUGAAUCGAACCGCCAGUAUUAUGAAGAUGAUGACGCGUCUCACCUCGUUCGCGCGCCUCUGCGCCGUCGUCGUGGCCGCGCUUCUCAGCGUCGGCGGCUUCGGCGGCACGAAUGACGGAGACGCCGCGGUGCUGAUGGCGCGCGCGCAGCCCCUGGCGGGGCCGCGGUGCGUGAACCGGUUUCCGCAGAAGCCGCUGUGCAAGUUCGUCGACGACCUCGCCGCGUCGCCUCUCACCUUCCUCGACGCGUCGACCGGCGAGACGAUUAAUCUUGGCGCUUACGCCGUUUCGCAGGUGAAUUUCCAGAUUUGCAUAUACGAACUCCCAAAUUUCCACCGUCUCCCCGUUCCCUCGCUCACACGCUCCCCCCUCUCUCUCCCCUCGCCCCCCUUCCUUCCGCUCACCUGGCCCGCUUCCCCUAACAGAAGUUCCACCGCGACCUGCCCGCCACCAAGGUGUAUGCGUAUGGCGUCUCGCGCGACUCGGCGCGCUACCCUGGCCCCGUGCUCGUCGCGAAGCGCGGCGUCACCACCAAGGUGA